UCUAGCGGUCCAAACUCGUGCAAUUUAAGCUUCAGCUCGGAGGCAGAACAGGUCCCUCGUUUCCUGGAGAACUAAAUAUUCACAACACUCAUGUCAAAGCCAGUAGGAGGUCACUCCUGUGCCUCCCCUGUAAUGGAUGUAGAAGUACAGCAACAGCAGAACUGCCUUGGACCAGGAACAGCCCUGAUUACAGAGAGGCUGACGCCCCCAGACCCUGGCUGCCCGAAAUCAUCCUGUGCUCAACACUGGGAAGCAUGCACAGGGAGCGGGGUGUCUGCGGGUAGCCGGGUUCCUGCCUCCUGCCCCAACGGAUGACACCUCUGCACUCCUCCCUUCCCUACGAAAACGCACGGCAGCGCAUCCCACACAGCAGCCAAAGGCAUCCCUCCGUCCCCCACCGACACUGCCCAAUGAGGGAAGAGAUCCAAAGGGGCUGUCAACAUUUUUUUUUUGCUUUUUCCCCAACUCACUUUUACAGUUUCUUUAGUUCAUCGCUUCGGUUUACCUCACACACAGGAGGACGAAUGACCGUUGGAGGAGAGGAGAAAUGUCUCUUUGGAGGGAAAAAUAAAAAGGUUUAGAGGAAGGGCUGUUUUUUUUUCUUUUUUUAUAAAGGAGCAAAGCUUGGUAUUAAAGAAAAUAAACUCAUCAUCUGCUCGGGUAAUGGGAGAGCGCCGUGCAGUGUCGGAGAAGAGACGGGACUUCAACGAAGCGAAGUCAUGCUACUCGCCUGUUCCUGAUAGUUCGGGCACCCGGUAGCCCUCCUGGACUGGGAUUACAGUGACUUUCUUUAAGUACACGUCUCAACAAUGCCAGCUGACGGAAUUGUUUAGGUGGUACAUCUUUCCCCCGUCUGGUGAAAUGAAUAUUUAAAAAAUAAAACAGUAUAUGUAUAAAUAUAUAGCCUAUACAAGGGAAUGGAAGGUAUCGCCCGCACAACCCUUUUUGUGUGAUUGAUUUUCAUCUUGUCCCAGUACUGAAAACAUUCUUUGCACCCAAAGAACGCCUGUGUCCGGUCCCGUAGAUAAUCUGGGAAAAUAAAACCAAAGGAAAAUGUUUGGUUUAAGCAGAGGUCAGAGUUUUCACCGGCUUCAAAGCAAACCUUCUUCCAGCGCAGGGGGUGAAGGAUUAAGGCAUCUGCCCCGACCCGGAGCAUCUUCUACAGACUCCAAUACCACCUCCAGGCUAUAUUUCGCCUUUGUUCUUCUCCUUCUCACGCUCACGCCUCGAGUGGAUUCUUCGUGGUGGUACAUCGGGGCCCUGGGAGCGAGAGUCAUCUGUGAUAACAUCCCAGGGCUGGUCAAUAAACAGAGACAGCUAUGUCAGAAGCACCCAGACAUCAUGCAGUCCAUCGGGGAAGGAGCCAAGGAGUGGAUCAGGGAGUGCCAGCACCAGUUUCGUCAUCACCGCUGGAACUGCAGCACCCUGGACCGUGAUCACACUGUCUUUGGGAGGGUCAUGCUGCGCAGCAGCCGCGAGGCGGCGUUCGUCUACGCCAUCUCCUCCGCUGGGGUGGUCUAUGCCAUUACAAGGGCCUGCAGCCAGGGAGAGCUCAAGACCUGCAACUGCGACCCCCAAAGGCGGGGGCGAAACCGAGACAACAGCGGCGACUACGACUGGGGGGGCUGCAGCGACAACAUCAACUACGGCAUCAAGUUCGCCAAGGCCUUCGUGGAUGCCAAGGAGAAGAAAGUGAGGGAUGCACGUGCCCUGAUGAACUUGCACAACAAUCGCUGUGGGAGGAUGGCCGUGAAGCGCUUUAUGAAACUAGAGUGCAAGUGUCACGGCGUGAGUGGCUCCUGCACGCUCAGGACUUGUUGGUUAGCCAUGUCGGACUUCCGCAAGACAGGAGACUACCUCCGCAGGAAGUACAAUGGGGCCAUACAGGUCACCACCAACCAGGACGGCACGGGCUUCAUGGUGGCCAACAAAAACUUCCGGAAAGUCAACAAAAACGACCUGGUUUACUUCGAAAACUCCCCAGACUACUGCCUGAUGGACAAAGCCGCAGGCUCUCUGGGCACAGCAGGGAGGGUGUGCAACAAGUCUUCGAGAGGAACGGAUGGCUGCGAGGUGAUGUGCUGUGGGCGGGGCUAUGACACCACGCGGGUGAAGCGCAUCACCAAGUGCGAGUGCAAGUUCAAGUGGUGCUGUGCUGUGGAGUGCAAGGACUGUGAGGACACAGUUGACGUGCACACCUGCAAGUCCCCCAAGCGAGCCGAGUGGGCGGACCAAACUUGAGGACCCGCCCCCGCCAAGGGAACCGCCUUCCUCAGGACUUCCUCUGGGCCGUGGCAUUCUGGGAUCUGUAGUGCAGUCCCCCUGCCCCUCUCCCCAUCUGCCUCUCCAUUCCCUCUGUUGCAUGGCUUUUAUUUAACUAUUACUAUCAAGCACUAAAAAAAAAAACUACACUUCUCACAAAAUCGCCGUGGCCCUUUUGCACAAUAUACUCCGUAAACCUGCUCCUCCCCAUAUUGUGUUCCGUUAAUUGGGCUGUUGAGGCGAGGCCUUCAAUAUAUGCUUAAACUGUGACCUCUUAUGUUUUAUUAUUAUUUUCUCCGUCAGGAAAGUGGAGGGAAUUUCCUCUGAGGGUUCUGUUUUGUUUGCCUUUCUACUACUUUGACACAGAUAAGUGCGAGAGCUUGGACAGGUGUGCUGCUUCGAAGAUGCAUGAUUCUUUUUUCAACUUAGGGAACAUGCAAAAAAGCAUUUGCAGUAGUAGUAUUAUGGCAUUUUCUGUGUAUUUACACUUUUUUGUGUGGAAACCACUGGUUUGGUUCUGUCAGACAAUCUACCUGUGACCACUAUAUUCAGCUUUAUCAUUAAGUUAACAAAGCAAAGCAACUUAUUGGAAGGCCAAGACUUUAACAGCAUUUUUGCUAGUUGGCUGUGGCAGAACAAGGAUACACCAAUGAACAAUGGACUGUGAGAACAGGAUUCCUGAUGUGAAAUUCUCAGGUGGGAUCUGGAGAUCUGUCCACACAGUGAAGUGCAAACUGCCUCUGUUUUUCUAUUGUAGCUGCCUAAAAAUCAAAGAAUCACUGCAUGAUUCAACGAAAAGCAAAAACAGCAGCUCUGUUACUUCUCUGAAGAAAACCCUGCACUAAGGACAUUCGCCUGAUAAUGGACAAAAUACAUAUAUAUGUAUAUAAAAAUAUAUGUGUGUAUGUUUAUACAUAUAUACAUAUGCUUAUAAAAAUAAAUAAAAAACACAACACAUCAAAAAAGAAACAACUGAUGUGGUAACUGACGGUGUGAAUUCUAAAAACGGUAACAAACGUUCUCAUGAGAAAAAAAGAGAUGAAAAGAUCCGAGAUCUAUAAUCUUUAUUCCUCUGGGCUGUGAAUGGUCUCCAUGCUGUUCCUUGUUAAAUUCACCUAAUUUAACUUUCCCAAAAGCUGUGUGUUUCAGAAGUGCUUCACAAAAGUUCAAAAAAGAAGUCCUGUAAAAGGUUACUAUGGGAUAGUGCGGUAAACUAAAAGGAAGAUCUAGUGGAAUCAUGGUAAAGCACAUAGAGGUAUGAUUAAGUAUAAAUCUGACUGUGUGAAGGCUUUGUAAAGCAACGCAAAUGUAUGGAAAAACCAUAGGAAAGCUGAAUAGGUCCCAUGUAAAUAGACAUCAGCUGUGCAUCUUGUUUAUUAAAGGAACCAGAAACUUCUAUUCUGAUGUUUCUCAACUGUUAGCUGUAAGGUUUGAUACAAAAAUGGACAAGAAUAUCUCAGCAGCUGUGUCCACUCAUUCAAAAGGUACAUUAACGAAGUAGAUCUCACCUUUUCUUUUUAAUGUUUUCAUUGUAAGCCAUUCCUAUUUUGUCCCGCACUAGGUGUUUUGCCUCAAUAAGAUGCAGAGUGGUUGGGGCUUUAAACUCAAUGCAGUGCUUGUGGGGUCAAAUCCUAGGCGGGGUGCUGUUGUUCCUCUCUUGAGCAAGGUGCUUCACUCAGAGUGUACUAGGAAAAAUGCCCAAUUGUGAAAAUGGUUACUGUGCAGGUCGUUAUUGUCAAUGAGAAUUUUGUGGUGUUGUUCCCAGUUUGAAGACUACUGAUUUGUGACUAAAACAGAGGGGCUGAAAAGCAUUCUCUUGUCUCUCUUCAUUUUGAACACAGGGAGAAAUAAUGCCGUUUGCUAUUUUAUUUCCUCCAGCAUUGAUUCCCACAUAAUUUGUUCCAUGUGCACAGCAGCAGACAAAAUGCUGGCAUCCUUCCUUGAAAGGAUGCCAGCAUCCUUCCAUCCAUUUUCUAACUGCUUUAUCCCAUACAGGUUCACAGAGGAACUGGAGCCUUUCCUGGCAAGCAAUGAGCAAAAGGCAGGGUACACAUAAGAUGAGA